CAUCCCCAGAGGCUUAUAAGGCUUUCCCCUAUGGUCGCGAAGGUGCCGCGGCGCGGGUACUAGAGGUCGCUUUGUGUGUAGUCUUCACAGCCGGCGGGAAGCAAACGCAUUCUCGAAAGCUAAGGGCUUCAACGACCCCUCUUACCAGCGUCAUGGCAGUUCCAGGUUGCAACAAGGACAAUGUCAGAGCAGGCUGUAAAAAAUGUGGCUACCCUGGUCAUCUGACUUUUGAGUGCCGCAAUUUUCUCCGAGUAGACCCCAAAAGAGACAUAGUUUUGGAUGUCAGCAGCACAAGCAGUGAAGAUAGUGAUGAAGAGAAUGAAGAACUGAAUAAAUUGCAGGCAUUACAGGAAAAACGAAUAAAUGAAGAAGAGGAAAAGAAAAAAGAAAAAAGCAAAGAGAAAAUCAAAUUGAAAAAAAAAAGGAAAAGGUCUUAUUCCAGUUCCACUGAAGAAGAUGCUUCAAAACAAAAGAAACAAAAAUGUCAGAAGAAAGAAAAGAAAAAAGAAAAGAAGACCAAGUCAAAAAAAGGGAAACAUCAUAAAAAAGAAAAAAAGAAGAGAAAAAAGGAAAAGCAUUGUUCUACUUCUAAUCGUUCUGAAUUCACCAAAAAGUAACUGAGACUUUGGCCUAAGUCAUUAAAUUUAAAAAUUCAUUUUUAAAAAUUAUUUGCUCUUAGAAUUUGCUGUAUAAUUAUGCUUUGCAGUAUAUCCCAGCCUUUUCAUACAGAUGUUUUUCAUGCAUAGAACCCUUAUCCCUCUGGCCAUAUGUAUUAAAUUAGUUGUUACUUAAUAGCCAUGCCCCAGGUAUAGAUAUUUGUAUGUACAAAACAUCAUUUUUGGCAUUUGUGUCUCUGUGUGUUUGACUAGAAUUAAUUACUUCUACUUCUAAGUUGAUUAUGGCUUUACUGCAGUCAACACAAGUAAUGUACCUAGUGUUAACUAGUAGUGCUGAAUCAAGUGUCUACCUUCCAGGGAUGAAGCUGGGUAGGGGGUAAUGAUUUUGCUCUUGAUACUGAAUAUUUUAAUAGCUUUAUAUACUGUGAUGUAAUGUAUAAAAUAGUGAAAUUAUUCACUGUUGUUUUUAAAUCUCUGGGCUUUUUUUAAUAUUAUAGGAGAUGAAGCUGCUUUACUGGUCUUUAGUACUUUUUAAAUGAAUGGUGUCUGCAGGAAGAUGAUAAUGAAAAUGUAACAAAAGUUUCAUUGGUUAUGAAAUGCAGAGUCUCUAAUACCUGCCUCCUUUGUUUUUGUAACAGUUAAAAUACUUCUUCCUUGUUUAGGGACUAGUUCAACCUAUUAGAAAUCUGGCAGAGAUGAUACUGUGUUGGUCAGAAUUUUUAGGAUAGACUCCUGGGUUGUUUUACAGUUGUGCCAUAUUGGCAUAUCUUACAGUGAUACCUCAAUCACAGAAAUUUUACUUAGGAAGACAGCUAAAUCUCCAUUAGAACUGAUUUUUAUUGUAUUUACUACAUAAAUUUUAUGAAGCUUA